AUGGGCAAGAAGUGCAGUGGUAUCGAGGCACCUUAUGUUCGUUUGACCGUCAAGAUUGAGCUUACCGACUCUCUUCCUUUUACGGGGUCCGACUUCGAACUUUUCGUCACUCAGUCUGUAAAAAGAGUGCUUGGCACAUGCGGCCCACAAGUGCAGAUAAGCGAUUAUAAUGAGUCAACUCAUAAGGGUAGUAUAAUAGUCGCCGGUGAGGAUGCACAACUUGUGUGGGCGUCGUUGACGAUAAGUGGUCAGUACAAUGGUCAAUACCGUAACAGGACCAUCGCUGCGCAUUUCUUCUCGCUGACAGAGUACGAAGCUGGAGAAGAUUUCGUUCUAACACCUGUGUUCUAA